AUGUGCGUGAAGAGCCCACGUGGAAGACAUAAUAGUGCCAUAGGUAUGGGCAACUCUAUGGACUCUAAGGAUGGAACUAAGCGCAACAACCAAGGGCUCUUGGUGCCCCUCACUACACCCCCCUCCAGGCUUGAGAUUGGGGGAAGGCUCUGGCUCCCUCUGUUGAUCCGGACACAAGGACUUGCACUGCAACUACUUCUAUUACUGCUGCUCCGGGGCCUGCCCCAGAUCCUGGGGGCUCCCUCAGCAGGGGGAGACUCCUCUGCAGAAGAUGAAUCCCUGGGUAAGGAGGAUCUAUUCAACGAAGAGGGGUCACCUGGAUUGGAGACUGAAUCCCGAGAAGAGGGUCCUCUGCCAGAGGAUCUUCCGACUCCUGGAGCCCCUAGGGACCCCUCAGAUAAUGCUCACAAGGACCACAAAGGGGAUGACCACGGUUAUUGGCACUAUGGAGGCAACCCUCCCUGGCCCCAGGUGUUCCCAAACUGCGCAGGCCGCUUUCAAUCACCCAUAGAUAUCCGUCCUAAACUCGCCAAAUUUAGCCCAGCGCUGCAACCUCUCAAGCUACAGGGUUUUGACCUCCAGCAACAAGAAAAACUGCAACUGCUCAACAAUGGCCACACGGUACAGCUGAAUCUACCUCUUGGGCUGCAGAUGGAAUUGAGUCCUGGAAGGGAGUACAGAGCCCUGCAGUUGCAUUUACACUGGGGGGCUCCUGAUCACCCAGGCUCAGAGCACACAGUUGAUGGCCACCAUUUCCCUGCUGAGAUCCACGUGGUCCACCUCAGCACUGCCUUUAACCAAGUUGAAGAGGCCAAGGGGCGCCCUGGGGGCUUGGCUGUGUUGGCUGCCUUUCUACAGGAGGGCCCAGAAGAAAAUAACGUCUAUGAAGACUUGCUGUCCCAUUUGGCAGAAAUCACUCACAAAGGCUCAAAGACUGAGAUCCAAGGAUUGGACAUCUCUGCUCUAUUGCCCUCUGACCUCAGCCGCUAUUUCCGGUAUGAAGGCUCUCUGACCACACCACCCUGUUCCCAGGGUGUCAUCUGGACUGUGUUCAACGAGACAGUGAGGCUGAGCGCUAAGCAGCUCCUUAACCUCUAUUCUUCCCUGCGCGGACCUGAAGACUCGAUGCUGCAGCUGAAUUUCCGGCCCACGAAGCCUCUGCACGGGCGUGUGAUCGAGGUUUCCUUCUCUGCCUCUACCUUUGCCACUACAGGUCUUGGCGUGGACAGAAACCCUCGGAGAAUUGAGUCAGAACGUUUGAAUUCCUGCUUUGCCACUGGUGACAUCCUGGCCCUGGUAUUUGGGUCCCUCUUUGCUGUCACAGGCAUCGGCUGCCUUAUACUGAUGAGAAGGUUGCUCAGACUCCAGAAUGGGAACAAAGGGAACAUUAACUACCACCCUGCAGCUUCCACUGAGGCUGAGACUGUCGCAUAG